AGCUAAUGGGCGGGACUUGUAGUUAUGGUGACCAAUAGACUCUCACAGCCCGACUGACACUGAGGAGAGAUGUACUGAAUGUACCAGUUGGCAGCCAUGCCAAGCAGCAAGCUCCAGGGGCCCCUGAGCUCCCUGCAGGAUGUGCCCAGCGAAUUCAGCAGCAAAGUCCAGGCACCGCGCAACCCCAAGCUGAGCAGACGUGAAGAGGCCGCUGUAACGCUGACCCCCUCCAUGUUCCUGCGAGAAAUGUCGCUGAGUACCGAGCAGAGAUUGGCCAACACAAGAGAGAUGCAUCUGCCGAAGAUCAUUGAACUGCUGGAUAUGAGUGAGACCACCCAUCAGAAGUUCUCGACAGUAGACUUGGACCAAGCCUUGUUCCAGCCCUUCCCAUCAGAGAUCGUCUUCCAGAACUAUGUGCCAUGUGAAACGUAUGAGGUGCCACUUGUGCUGAGGAACAAUGACAAGGUGCCGCGGCUGGUGAAAGUUGUUCAGGAGAAUUCACCCUACUUCUCAAUCAUCAGCCCCAGUGAUGUUUGUAACAAAGUGGCCCCGGGCAUGCCCUCCACAUUCCGGAUCCAGUUCACCCCCGAGGAGAACAAGGAUUAUUUCCACCAAGUGAUCUGUAUUACUGAGCGGGAGAAGUUUGUCGUUCCGAUCCAAGCCAUUGGUGCUCGUGCCGUGUUAGACUUUCCAGAUGAGUUCAGCUUCCAGGUGUGCCCUGUGAAAUACAAUUCCCAGAAAACAUUGCUGGUUCGAAACAUUGGGAAUCGCCAAGCUUGCUUCCAAUUUCUGACAGAGAGACCAUUCAGUGUGGAACCGUUGUCAGGAACACUGGACAUUGGGGACAACAUGCAGGUGACGGUUGAGUUCCAACCCCUGGAAGUCGGAGAUCACAAACAGAAUCUACUGAUCCACUAUGAUACAGGGGAAGAUAUUUGUGUCGGUCUUCAUGGCGCAGCGACUGAUAUCAACGUGCGGCUAGACAAGAACUCUCUCACCAUUGAGAAGACCUUCUCAUCUUUAACCAGUCAAAGAACAGUUACCAUCUUCAAUCGCAGUGACAUCAUAACGCACUUUCAGUGGAAAGUACUUGCCACCCGUCAAGAGGAGGAGGCUCAGAGACAAAGAUUCUGCUCAGACCUAAAGAUGGAGGAAGAAGGGGAGACGGAUCGUUUUCUGGAAGAAUGCAGAGCCGAUCCCACCCUCUGCGAGCGUCUUUCCCUCCUCAGCCGCACUUUCUACAACCGCAAGAAGAUGGUGGAGACAGACUCCAUGCUGUUCUCGGACAGCGUCAUCCAUAUAGAGCCUGUGGAGGGUGAUGUCUGGCCGAAUUCCUCAGUGCAGGUGACUGUUCUCUUUAAACCUCAGACAGCCAAGAUCUAUCAGCGUACAGUCUACUGCGACAUAACAGGUCGGGAGGCUCGUCUUCCUCUACGCAUUCGAGGAGAGGGUCUGGGGCCCAAACUGGUCUUCAGCUUUGACCAGCUGGACAUUGGAAAGGUGUUUGUUGGCUCGUCGCAUAGCUAUGAGGUUGUCCUGACUAACCAGGGAGCCAUUGAUGGGAUCUUCAGUCUUUCCACUCCCACCUCAGCUGUGGCUUCCUGCUUCACUUUUACCCCCAGUGAGGGAAUCGUCCUUCCUGAUGGACACCAGGCCAUCAACAUCUCCCUCUGCUGCAGAAUCUUGGGAGAGUUUUCAGAGGAGUUCCACUUUAAUGUGGACGGAGCUCCUGAGGUCAUCACAUUGACAGUCAGGGGUUGUGUUAUUGGACCCACAUUCCACUUCAGUGUCCCGGGCUUGCACUUUGGGGAUGUGUCGUUUGGCUUUUCCCACACUCUCACCUGCUCCCUGAAUAACACCUCUCUGGUUCCCAUGAGCUUCAGUCUUCGUGUCCCAGGAGAUGGUAGAGGAGAGUCAAGCGUCACAUGCCGCAAUUUUGUGCUGGAAGAGAAGACACCGUCCUGGAAAAUUCAACACAAAGGAGGUUCCAGACCUCAGGAAUUCUCAAUCAGCCCUUCUAGAGGCACCAUCCGAUCCCAGGGCCUUCUAGACAUAGAGGUCACAUUCUGCGCCAACCAGGUGAAGAGAUAUGAGCUGGCAUUGGUGGUGGAUAUAGACGGUAUAGGAGAGGAGGUCUUGGCUUUGCCGAUCACUGCCAGGUGUGUGGUGCCACCUCUGUUUGUGGAUAACCCCUCCGUGAAAUUCAACCGCUGUUUCCUGAAGUACCCGUAUGAGAAGGCAGUGACCAUCACCAAUCCCAGCAAUCUCCAGGGAUGCUAUGUUGUUGUGUCACAGGAUCCGGCAUGCCUCUCCAGUAUCCACUUUUACAGUCCUAUUCCCCGUGGUAUCAUUGAGCCUCACAGCAGCGUGGACGUCCCCAUCGUGGUGACAGCCCAGCGAACCGGCGAGCACAGCACCACAGCUGAGAUUGCAGUGUUUGGUGGCAGCGAGGCUCCUCUGGAGGUCCUUCUGCUGUGUACCGGAGAGGGGCCCGUGGUCCACGUGCAUCCUAGUGAGCUAAACUUUGGCAACAUCCCGGCUCUGACUGAUGUCUCCAGGACCAUCCAUCUGAAUAAUCAAUCACUGAUUCCUGCCCCCUUCCAGGUCACAAUGGCGAAGAAGCGCUCUCUGUGGUGUGUGGAACCCAGCUGUGGUGAAGUCCCUGCAGAAGGAGAGACACGUUUGACUCUUGUAGCUCAUCUAGAUGACACUGUGGCCUUCAAAGACACUGUUCAGCUGGUGAUCACAAACAGCAGCACCUACCUCAUUCCUGUGCACGCCUAUGGAACUGGAACCACCAUAGUCACCGACAGGACUUUUGCUCCAGUGUUGAACCUCGGCGCUCAUUUCAGUGCUGGUCCAUGCCGAUACCACUUCACAAUGACCAACCGUGGCCGGCGUACACACCAGCUGUACUGGACGACAGAGGGAUUCCCUCAGUUCCGCAAACACCAACAGCUGCCUAGUCUUAAACCAACAGCCCUUCAAUGUGAGCCUCCAGAACCAACCUUCAGACUGCAGCCAUCACGCAUGGAGCUGCACCCAGGACAGAGCAAAGAUGUGGUUCUGGAGGGAACAUCUGACAUUCCUAAGCUGGUGACGGAGCGUCUGCUGGGACAAGCCAUCAUUGGGAAGCAGUCUGGGAAAGAGAAGAUUAUGUCGGUGGACAUCAUCUGUGAAUUCAUUGCUCCACUCCUUGACCUGUCUACAAAGAAACUUCACUUCUACGUGGAGAAGCAACCGGAUGAUGAACUGAAAGAAAAAUAUGAAUCCGUGACACUGAAAAACAUUUCGUCACUGCCAUUGACAAUAGUUGUAUCUGUGAAACAACCGUUCUCUAUUGGCUUUGGUGACACCCCCCACACUGGUAAAUUACAGAGUUCUCUAGCCUUGCAGAAUGGAAAGGAGAAGGAGCUCAUCAUUAAAUUUGACCCAACAUACAUAACGGAUCUGCAGAGUCGGGUUCUGGACGAGGUCCUGUCCAUACAAUACAUAGAACACCCUCACAAGGACUAUGUCAGCCUGCAGGCCGAGGUGCACUUCCCCAACCUUCACUUUCCUACCACUCAGAUCCACUUUGGCUGCAUCCUGAAUGACACAGAGAGUAUGCAGGAGCUGGAGGUGACCAACUGCAGUCCAUUACCUGUUCAGUACCGCUGGUCCUUUAUGACGGAGAACUCAGCGAUUCAAAUCAGGUCAGAUAGUCCACAUGUUCCCAGGGCAGUGGACACCGCAACCGACUGUCCUAACCAGGAUCAUCUACUGGGGUCCCACCUAGAGACAGAGAGAUUCUCGUUGAAUGAAGCAGAUGGCAACUUAUCAGCAGAAGACCGAGUCCUGACUGGAGUGGAGGAGGUCUUUGAUAUCUUGCCACAGUUUGGAACCCUACAGCCUGGGGAGAGUCAGGUUUUCUCUUUUACAUUUUAUGGACACUCUGAUAUCAGUGCUCAGGCCCGAGCACUCUGUGAAGUGUAUGGUGGCCCGGUGUAUGAGAUGACCCUGCAUGGUGAGGCCUCACUUGUCAGAUACACCCUGAGUACCAAUGACAUUGACUGUGGAGUGCAGAUGUUUGACCAGGUGGCUGAAGUGAACAUUGUCCUUAGGAACACCGGGAGGGUCACUUUCCCUUUCACUGUGCUGACCCAAAGCCCAGAGAGCCUGUACCCACUUCCUGGAGAGCCAUUUAUAGAGCCCCUAAGUGGUAACAUUCCUGCUGGAGGAGAGGAGAUCCUGAAGGUUUAUUAUUUACCUGGAGUACCUGAAUCCUUCCAGAAGGUCAUCCAGUUACAGGUGGCCCAUCUGGAGCCCGAGAGCAUCACUCUGCGAGGAGAAGGAGUGUUCCCCCGAAUCUGUCUGGACCUCCCACGGGACAUUAAUGGAAAUGGGAGAUUUGAGUCCUACCUGAGAAUGGCGGAGGAGAAGACCCAAGGAGAGCAGUGUUUGGAUCUCAAGGAAUGUGACCCCUCUAUGGAUACCUUGGUACUGAUGGAGUUGGAGCGUUUGCUCAUAAAGAAACAUGCAAGUGAGCAGAUAGAGGCGGGGCCAACGGGACUGACCAACCAGAAAGAUCGCCGACGUCUGCUGAAGGCAGAUCUUCCAGAAUACCUCCUGGAUUUUGGGUAUGUCAUUCUCGGAGAGGUCCGUUCACACAUCAUUAAAAUAUCCAACACAGGACAUUUCCCUGUGUCCUUCCGUGCAGACAGACGUGGGCUCCCGGGCACAGGCUUCUCUGUAGAGCUGGACCGUGUCAAGAAUCUGCCAAGCUGGCACACAGAAACCUUCCAAGUGAAGUUUGAUCCUCAAUCAGCCGGCACCAGAUUAGGACCUAUAGAUGUUCUGAUGCCAAUUCAGGUGUUUGGGGGCCCCAGGUUCCUAAUACGUCUCCGGGCCUCCGUGACGAUGCCAUCAUUGUGUGUAUCAGAUGAAAGGGUGGAGUUCAGCGCCAUGCAGUGCGGUCAGUGUCAGAUCAGGUCUAUCCAGCUACACAACCAGCUCCCUGUGCCCUGCGAGUGGACCGCUGUCAGCCAGGAGACCAACAUCAAGGUAGACAAGCACAUCCCUAUGCAUCUCCGCAAGAAACUGCGCCAGGAAGUCAAACCCAAAGCACCCAUUUUUGAGGUGAUUCCAGCACAUGACGUGCUGCUCCCCGGGCAAAAGAAGAACAUUGAGAUCAAGUUUCAGCCUCAGGAGGAGAAGCUGUACAGCCAGCAGCUGGUCCUGCAGGUGGCACAGAGCAGUCAGAGAGUCAUGCUCUUGGUCCAGGGUAAUGGUCUGGAGCCCCGGUUGGAAUUUACCCCCUCUGUACUGCAGCUGGGCCCUGUCUUACCGUUCAGCCCUGGGGACGAUUUGGAGGUUGUGGUGAGAAAUCCUUGUGCAUUCCCUGUCGAGGUUUACUCUCUGGAGAUGGACAAGCAGUACCUGGAAGAAGAGAAGAUCCUGAGAAUGUUAAAGGGUUAUGAUGCCCAGAACACCCUGAUUCUUCCACCCCGAUUGGCUGGGGAGAAAUUACCACCUGAAAUUCUGGAAUUCUAUGAGGAGAAAAGACAACAUCUGGAAGAGCAAGACCAGGAGCAUAUGAGGCAGCAAACUGAGCACGGGCUAAUGGAAGAUACAGAGGACAAGCAGACAUUAGACAUUGGUGAUAAACAGGACCUUCAAGUACCCCAGCGUGUCCCUUCUACCACCAGUUAUGGGGAGAGCCGUUCCUCACAUGCUGAAGCCAAAGCUGAUGAUGCUGAGGAGGAUUCUGAGAAGAAGGCUGCAUUAGGUGAUACUUUUUCUGCCACUGAUGGAACCAGGAAAGCUGUAGGAGAGUUGGAGCUCAGUCCCGUGUCUCAGGCUGUGGCUCGCUAUAUGGGUAUUGACACCAGUAACGAGGGGCAGGCAGCAAGGAACCGCCGCGGCAUCGCCAUUAUUGUACAUGGAGCACCGCUUACUGGCAAGUCCUCAACAGCAUUGGCUCUGGCCCAGCACUACAGCGUGGCCUGUCUGUCCAUUGACUCGGUGGUGAUGGAAGCAAUCUCUGAUGGGAACAGCCGAGCAGGCCUUAGGGUCCGACAAUUGUGUGCAAAGGCGGCCAUGGAUCAGUUGCAGCAAGAAGCCGAGGAGACGGCCUCCCAGGCAGUGGAUAUUCCCGGCGGGCACCCAGCACUCAGCAUGGAGGCCGUGGCUAAACACACAGCCGAGGGAGGGCAAGGUGCAGAGGUUAGAGUUGCACCACAAUCUGUUGUCUCCCGUGGUAAUCAGACCAGUCUGCAGACAGGAAAAAGUAAACUGGAGAGUCUCCAAACAGCCAGGACAAAGCAGCAGCACCCGUUUGAGCCACCAAUGUCAUUGGCUGGGAGCUCACCGCUUCCAGGACCGUCACAAAGACGACUGAGUGUGAGUGCAAGUGUGGCCGGAGAACAAGGACUGAUGAGCUGUGUACUACCUGAUGACCUCCUGAUAGAGAUCCUGAGUGAUCGACUCCAGUUGAAUGACUGUUCCCGUGGUGUGGUCUUUGAUGGCCUGGAUACCCUGUAUGCCCGUAACACACCCACAGCUCUACACAUUAUUCUAAAGGCUUUAAAUAAUCGCAAGCAUAUAUAUCUCAUCAAUCUGAAGCAAGAGUACAACAGCAUGAAGGCUCGUGAGAGAGCACAGAGAGAAGAGGAAGAACAGGAAGAACUGCGUGCUCAGGCCGAGCAGAAAGCCAUCAUGGAGGACAUGGAUGAAGAAGAAUACGAUCGCUUACCAGCCGAAGAGCGAGAGCGUAUUGAUGGACUGCGUUUGCAAGUAGUGCGCGAACGCAAGAAAAGGGAGCUGGAGGACCGUCUGGCCAGAGAGGAACAGGAGCGAAAGCUGCAGGAGGAACUGUUAAAGCAGAAAGAAGAAGAGGACCUGAAGAAAAAGAUGAAGAGAGGAAAGAGCCGGAAUUCUGGAAAAGAGGAGAAAGAUGGAAAGAAGAGCCAAGUCGGGAACAAACAGGCUACAAACACACUGACAGUGAAGCCAGACCAUCAUCUGGACUAUGGAGUAGAGAGAAAAGUCCUAACUCAAAGAUCAGAUUCUGCACUCAAUGAUGCAGAGGACACCAAGAAGAAGAGGAAUAAAGACACGGCCCAGCAUGUGACAAUGUCUGAGGACCCUGAGAACGAUUCCCUCAGUGACAGCGAGAAACAGUUGAUUCAGAGAUUCAGCAACUAUGAGUCCUCUAAGAAGGAGAUCUCACACAUCCUCAUAUUCUGGGACCGAGUGCAAGGCAUCCUUCUGCCACCUCCUGCCGCAGAGGACAGCCAGCGUGAGGGCGAAGAGCCGGCUCCUGAGCGACACGCCCCCUCUGGGAAGAAGUACCGUAAGGAGCGCGAGAGAGAAAGGCAGGAAAAACUGGAGAGAGAAAAGAUUGAGAAAGAACGUCAGGAGAAGGAAAAAAUGGAGAAGAUGAAGAAUAUGGAGGAUGAGGCAGGAAUGCGCCAGGUAACAGAGCAGGAUGGCCAGGAGAGUCACGAGGACAAUCUGAAGCUUUUGAGGACAGAGGUGGGAAUCCCUUGCUAUGACCUGCAAGUUACCGGAAACCAGGAGCCAAUGGAACAGCAGAUCUUACGGAGCGGGACAUUGCCAUCAGUGGAGGAGCUCCUUGAAGGCUUUGGCCUAGGCCCCUCUGGUCCUCCAAUCCCACCUCCAUACAUCUUCUCAGUCAUCCCAUUCCCAGACAGGAGGGGACAACCUGUUGACCAGGAGACCCUUAGCCACUUCACCUUUAUAGCAGCCUCCCCAGAUGACCCCAAUGUAAUUGUUGAAGAGAAGAAGGAUGCAGAGCUUGAGCCGGACCCGAUGUUGACCAACUCAGCAUUAAAGGAGGAGCAGGUGACACCUACGAAGAGUCGCAGCAGGAAAGAGAAAGGUGGAGACACAGGCCGAGAGAGCCAGAAGGACAAGCGGCGCUCUACUUCUCUCCGUAAGAACCAGCAGAACCAGGACAGCCGUUCACCACCACCACCUGGUGCCAGGACACCCGUCUCUGAGCAGGAGCUCAGCAGCCUGGCAGGAGAGACCCAGCAGGAAAAAAUCCAAAAGCUAGGAUUGUUCCGGUGGGUGGUCCCGGCUGGAGGACAAGUCCUACUGCGCAUUCAUUUCCAGUCCAACAAUAUUGGGAACUUUGACCAAACCCUUAACUUUGAGCUUGUUGGGACCCGCCGCAGGUACCAGAUGUACUGCCGCGGCAUCUGUUCCUUUCCUACAAUCACCCAGGACCCCAAAAUCGUUUUCCCCCACCGGAAGAAGGAUGCCAAAAGUGAUGAAAUUGUGCAGAAGAAGUUCGUCCUGAGCAGCAACACGUUUGAUUUUGGACCUCUGUUGUGCGGGAAGAGCCGGGAGAAGUAUAAAGCAGGACAGUACCCAGAGAACAUGGAGAAACUCACCAUCUAUAAUGCAUCACCUAUGGAAUCCGAGGUGACUUUCUGCUUCCAACAUGAUGUCAAAGCUUCCACCUUCAUACUGGAUCCACCAAGCAUGACGCUGAGACCGCACGAGAAGCAGGAGCUCUCUAUAUGGGCAUACCCAACUGCCCCGGGCUUGGUUGAGGAUAAUAUCGUAUGCUGCAUUAAGGACAACCCUGAGCCUGUCAUAUUCCACUUGUGUUGUCGUGGCGUGCGUCCAGAACUGGAACUAGACCGCAAGCAAGUUCACUUUGAAAAAAUUCUUCUGCAUCGGAAAGACACCAAAACCAUCUUCCUGAGAAACAGUACUUUCCUGCCGGCAGCAUGGCGUGUGACCGGCCUGGAGAAUCUGGGGGACGACUUCUCUGUGUCACAGGAUCAGGGCAUUGUUGCCCCCCGAACAGAGUACGGAUUACAGCUCCACUUCAAAGCUGCCAAAGCCACCAACGUCAAGAAGGUUAUUCGCUUGGAGGUCUCUGAUGUAGAGAACAUUCUGGGAAUUGUCCAGCUGGAAAACAUUCAUGUGUUUGCAGAAUCAUAUGAUGUGUCCCUGGAUAUCAGCUUCCCAAAAGGCACGGAUGGUGGAUUGGAUUUUGGGGUGGUGAAAGUGAUGGAUGAAGCUAAGCAUAGUUUGUCACUGAAGAACAAAGGCAAAUAUGAGAUUGGCUUUAGUUUCUCCCUGGAAGCCUCCACUCCUGGAAUGCCUGAUCUGAACGCCAUAUUCAGCAUAUUGCCCCAGAAAGGAACGCUCAGCCCCAAUGACCGGGCGACCCAGGUACAGAUUGUCUUCCAGGCAAAGAAGGAAGUGCAGAUUACAGAUAAACCCAUCUUGAAAUGUCAGGUUAUUGAACCAAAUCUAAGUGAGGGUGGUGAAACAAUUGCGAGUAUCCCCAUUCGAUUGUCUGGUGCAUCCGCUUUCUCCAAGUACCGUCUAGCGCCAUCCUCCGACAUCAGCUUUGGCGCCAUGGUGAUUGGGGUCCGCAAGCUUCAUUCUUUCACCUUGGAGAACUGUGGGCAGCUGGAGUUCCGUUACAGCAUCAGCAAAAUGAUCAGGGAGGUGAUCAUCCAACCUGCUAAGAAGGGGCUGACUUACGGCAUGAAGAGAUCUCGAUCCCGGGAGGGUUCUGGAUCCAGUAGAUCUAUUGCUUUAAGCAAAACCAAGCGCUCCGAUUCCCAGCUGAGAGAGACAAAUGUUUCUGGACAGGCACGGUUUGCUCUGGGCAUGUUCAUCAUUUCACCCGGCUUUGCAAACAUUCCUCCAGGGGGUCAGCAGGUGAUCAGUGUGGAGUGUUUUGCUGAUCAGCUUGGGAAGAGUGAGGAAUUCCUGGCUAUAGAUAUAUCUGAUCGGAACCCAGAGGAUCAUCCGAAUGGAAUCCCCUUCCGACUGGUGACUGAAGGAUGCAUUCCGGGAUUUGUCACAGAUGACAUCGGUAGCAUUUUUGAGGAGCACAGAAUUAUAGGAGAUGCCAGGAUCCUCCAGUGUCUGCCGCCAUUGCAGUCCGGUGGAAUUUACCUGAAAGACGAGAAUCGCUUUCUGUUUUGGAAUGUCAUUGUAGGACAGACUUCCUGCGCUCGCUUUAAGAUCAUCAACAGCGGAAAAGUGGCCUGUGAUGUGACACUGAAUGCCAAACCCAUGUCCAGUAAGUCCACAGCUCGGAUCACUGACAUCUUCGAAAUCCAGCCAUCGCGGAUGACAGUCCCGAGUCACAGUCAUAGCUUUGUCACUGUGUCCUUCACCCCCCAGAGCAUGCAGAUGUACCAGUGCGCCUUUGAGGUGGCCGUGGAUGGGAUGCCAAGUGCUCUUUCCAAGUCCCAAAACUUGACCUUUGACAUCUGUGGGGAGGGCAACCUUCCCCGGGUCACCAUCUUACGCCCCGUUCUGCGCAGCAAGCAUGGAAACCCUGUCUUACUUUUCCAAAGACUUCUGAUUGGUCAGAGCCAGCAGCUCCCCCUUGUUUUAAAGAAUGAAGCAUCCAUCCCAGCUCAGCUGAACAUUGACUUACCUGAAUGUGGGCAAGUCUUCAAUUUAAAACCAAAGCCCAAUACACACUGCAUCUACCCAGCCUGGAAUGAGGGGGGAGAGCCAGGGCGCCGGCCACAUACCGCCUCCCUGAUCCUUCGCCCAGGGGAAGUGGCAGAAUUCGAUGUGGUCUUUUGUCCCACCGAGCCACUGCGAUGUGAGUGCGCCUUACAGAUGUCAGUGCUGGACAAUCAGUAUGAGAAGACCAGUGUACAACUGGUUGGGGAGGGUUACCUAGAAGACCUGACCCUCGACAAUAUCCACAGCCCGGGAGGACUGUUCACCCCUGAAGGACAGCUGGAUGAUGAUGUUGUGGAAGCCACCCGGACCGAGCACGUUGUUUUUGGAGACUGUCACAUCGGUCAGCAAUACCAGGUGACGUUCACCAUGACAAACCGCAGCCUGACAGACACCAUGAGGUUUGAGUGGCCUCAGGAGGCUCCUCUGGACUUCUCCCCUCAGGUUGGACAUAUCCAUGCCGGCUGCACCAAGGACAUUACACUCACUAUGAAGUCUGGCGUGGCUGUGGUGCUGGACAAGUCUCCGGUGAAGUGCAGAGUGUGGCGGAUAUCGUUCGCACUUCCCGUGGACCAGGUUCCAGACUGGGAUGUCAGAAUGAGGACAGUGAAGUGGGUGGAUGGCGGGAAAGGGGUGCAGCGCCCUGCCAAGAAGAAGGUGAUAGAGACAGAUCCGGAACCGGCACACACACUUCUGGAUGAUGGGUCUCGCCAAGUGGAGCUGCUGGUGAGCGCUGCUGUGGACCAUGCUCAGUACAAGGCCAAUUCUGCGGACGUCCAUUUCCGAGAUACUCUCCUGUAUCAGACACUAGUGUACAAGUUCCUCUUACAGAACAGUGGUUCUGUCCAGCUUGAGUUCUCCUGGCAGGUCCAGAUGGAAGGACAGAGCAGAUAUUUGGUCACAUUCCUGUGCGUAUUGUUGGCAGAUUCCCUGAGCAGUUCACGCAGCUCUUCCAACCACAGCCGUCCUUCCAGUGCCUUGGAGAGUGUGACGUCUCUGCUGUCUAUAGGAACAGAUUCAUCCCCGUUCUGCAUUCAGCCAAGCGCUGGCACCAUACCGACCGGGCACAGCCAGGAAUUUCUCAUCAAGUUCUCUCCAAUAAAAGUUGGUGAAUUUGAGGGUCACCUGAUCUGCAGCAUCCCUAAUCUUCUCCCCGGGCAGCCAGAGCCACAUCUCCUGGUCAGAGGCUGUAGCCUGCGGCCAUUCUGUCACUUCCAGUUGGAGGAAUCUGACUAUAUCAGCAGCGGAAAACGCAACCCAGAGCUAUGUGGACCCCGCGGAGCCCCUUCAGGGACUACUUUGGAUCCAAACACCCGAGUUGUGGAAUUCACCUCGGUGGGGGUCAGGACCAAAAAUGUCAGGAGCUUCAGUAUUGUGAAUCCCACCAACAGUCCUUACUCCUUCCUGUGGACAUGUGAGGACCCCUCAGCUAUCCAGUACCCUCCAACCUUUCGCUGUCUGAAUGAGCAGGGGCUGAUCCAGCCAGAGAAGAAGGUAGAGAUCACAUUCGAGUUUGUCCCUCAAGUCCUGGACAUCAGUGAGUCCUUCUGGUCCUUCACAAUCCCUGAGCAGAACAUCUCUGUCCCAUUUCUGCUGGUUGGAAAAGCUCUAGAACCUUCUGUAUCCCUGGACCGGUCCCACCUCAACUUCCGAUCUCUGAUGACUGGUCAGGAAGUCGAGGAAUCCGUCUACCUCAUUAAUAAUGAGAAGAAGGCGAUCAGUUUCUGCUUCCGGGAGCAUUCUUGUUUCUCAGAGAGUCACAACCAGAGUCUAUCGGUGAUACCGCAGGAAGGAGCUGUCCCUCCGCUGGACAGGUUUCCCAUCUGCAUCCAGUUCAAACCAUCACAAAUCGGAGAGGUCAACUUCAACCUAAUCUGUGACAUCAAGACCAAGACUGAGCCGCUAUAUCUAAAUGUGAAAGCUGACAGCCACGCCACAGAAGUCUUCAUACAGUGCCAGGACAACACUGGGACAGUCACAACCCUGUCUGCCCAGCAGCCCAAUGAGAUUGACCUAGGACAGGUGGAUAUUAACGACAGCUCCACUCUUCAGUUCCACAUCAAUAAUAAUGGAAAGUUCCCCUUUAACUUCAUCUGCACGCUGUCCACACCACGAGUGCUGCAGGAGUACCUGAACCUGACUGCAAGCAGUGGGUGUGUGCCGCCUGGAGGACAAGCCCAAUCUUCCCUGACCUUCUAUCCUACCAAGAGAUGCAUGAUCAAAGAUACCCAGCUAGUUAUCCAGAUAGAGAACGGGCCAAAGCUGAUGUGCCAGAUACAAGGAGGUGCGGUGCGUCCCGGGAUACACUUUUCUUUUACAGAAUGUAACUUUGGCCAUUGCUUCAUCUUCCAUGAUGGGAUGAAACCGGUCAGGAAAUCACUCUUCAUCACUAACAAGGAUGACCGAGAUGUCAGCAUCGACUGUCUGUACAGUAACACGGCUCACAUGGUGGUUGAGUUCUCCUCAGAUGUUCUUCCCCCUGGUGGCAAGAUGGAGGUGCCCAUCACCUUCUAUCCCCGGGCGGCCAUCUUGUACCAGGAGAUGGUUGUCUUUCAGCUGAACAGUCACUCCAGGCAGGAUCUUCGGCUCCAGGGCCAGGGGAUCGAAAUGAAGGUUGAAGUCGCAGAUCCCAAAUAUAAAGUCACCAACUUUGGUGCAGUCAGCAUCGGUCAGACAGUGAAGAAGAACGUCAGUGUAGUGAAUAGGAGUGCAGCCCCAGUCACCUGUAGCCUGAGUCUGACUGCCAAUGUCCCCGCACUGCAGGACCCCAAGGUUCUCAGCUUGUCCCCCAGCUCAGUGGUGAGGAUUCCCGCCCAUGGUGGGGAAUGUAAGCUGGAGCUGCAGUUCUCCCCUCGCAGUCGCAUUGCUCCAUUCGCAGAGGAGGUGGUGAUGGAGUGUGAAGGCGCAGUGCGUUCACUCCUGGUGGUACGCGGCAGCGGCCAGGGCCUGGAGCUGAGCCUGGACCAGGAAUACGUCACAUUUGGAGCUGUGGUGCUGCAGAGUCAGGCCACACGUCGGAUCGUCCUGAGCAACAGUGGAGAGCUGGGAGCCAGGUUUCAGUGGGACAUUAAGAAGUUCCAGCCCGACUUUUCCAUCUCUCCAGUGUCUGGUUACAUCACGGCAGGCAGCGAGGUCACCUUUGAUGUCACCUUUCACCCCCGAGAGAUCCGUACGGAUAUUCAUUAUGAGAACCUACCCUGCCUCAUUGAAGGGAACAAAACACUAACUCUGACUCUGUUUGGAUCCAGUGUGGAGUUGACAACCACCAAAGAGGUAGUGAACUUUCAAUGCCAAGUACGAAGUAAACAGACUCAAAGCAUCAAUCUGUCAAACAAGACCAAUGAGACAUGGAACCUGCAUCCCAUCAUCGAUGGUGAAUACUGGAGGGGUCCAGAGACUAUUACAGUGGAAGCCCACCAGCAAAACAAACCCUAUGAGGUCACCUACCACCCGCUGGUCAUGAGCCCUGAGGGGAAGAAGCACCAGGGCUCAAUCUUCUUCCCACUGUCUGAUGGGAGGGGGUUAAUGUAUGUUCUGCAUGGAAUAGCCGAUCCACCAAGAUCUUCUGGAACAAUUGUCAGAGAAGUGCCGUGUAAGACGUCAUACACUGAACUGUUGACCGUCAGCAACUGGCUCCGCAAAGCCCAAAGGUUUCGUGUCCUUAUUGAAAUGGUGAAGCCAGAGCGUCUUGAUGCUGCCACCAGCAUUAAGGGUCUGGAUUACCUGGAAGUGCCUGGCUCUGCCAAGAGGGACUACAAGCUGAACUUUCACUCUCACAAGGAAGGCACCUUCACUGCUAAGGUGACUUUCCGGAAUGAGACAACCCAGGAAUACCUCUUCUACAAUGUCACUUUCAAAUCUACGCCGCCCGGUGUCAUCAGUACCAUAGAGUUAGUGACUCCCGUGCGCCAAAGCACUGCGUCUACUCUAACAGUAGAGAAUCCGCUAUCUGUGCCAGUAACAUUCACCACCGACUGCAGAGUGCCGGAAAUUAAUCUCCCCCCGCAGAUCACUGUGCCUGCCCAAUCUGAGGGCACCUUGAUGUUCGAGUACCAACCACUGAAGUCAGGAGAGAGCACGGGGCGGCUGACCCUACAGAGCGCGGACCUUGGUUUAUUUCAGUAUGAUCUUCUCCUGAAAGCUACACCAGCUGUGUCCGAGAAACCCGUUUACUUCCGGACGAUGCUCGGCUCUAGUCAGACACUGAGCGCCAAGUUCAUCAAUUACACCCGCCAGAAGACGGAGUACAGCUGUAAGGUUGAUAACACGGAUUUCCACGUUGACAAGCUGGUUAUGGCGGCUCCAGGCUCACAGGGUGGAUCGGAGGUCAGCAUGGAGGUGACAUAUGAGCCAAUUCAGCUGGGAGAGUCACGCGCCAUCCUGUCCAUCUCUUCUCCAUUGGGAGGCGAUUACACCAUUCCACUUUUUGGCUCAGCAUUGGCCCCCAAGCCUCAGGGCCCCAUCCAGAUUCGCUCUGGCUCUAACAUUUCAAUCCCUUUUAAAAACGUUUUCUUGCAGCCAACAGCUUUCAGUUUUCAAACAGACCCUCCAGCUUUCACCGCCAAACAGUGUGAGGCGGUACGUCCUAAGAAAACCCACAACAUCACUGUGUCAUAUGAGGCCCCACCAGGAGGCAGCAAGGCCCCAGUGGCAGGAAGACUUGUGGUGUCAUGCCCUCGUGCCACUGGCACCGCCCAGGGCAUCUACUGGGUGUAUUACCUGAAAGGUGUGGCAUCAGAAAAGUGAUGCCAUCUAAUCCUAAAGCUGUAAUAUUCUUCUAAUAAAUGCUAAAAUAUAUAUUUAUAUAACAA